AUGAUCAAUGUGCUGUGGUGUGCCAAACUGGUGCUCCGCCCCUUUGACCGGAUGCUGGCCUUGUCCUUCCACCUCCUUUGGUUUGAGCUGAACCUUUUGGUGGAGCGCUUCGUGGCGCUGGUGCCCAUCCCGGGACUGCAAGGCUGGCUGCGGAACCUGGAGAUGGCCAUCGAGGCCUUUUUUAUCGCAGAGGCGCUGCAGUGGGUUGCCACUGCUUUGGUGCUCAGCGGAUUUUGGCUGACCUACGCCCUGUUUCUCCCGGGAACUGGGGAGGAUCAUCGCUUGGCCUUUGACUGGAGCUCGGAUGUCACAAAAGCAGACACGACUGACACCGUGCUGCAGGCGCUGCGAGAUCCGGAGCUGCUGCAGGCGUGCAAGGACUUCCCCUUGCAUUUCUCGAGUUACCACCGAGAGCUGGAGCUGGAGCUGGCCAGCGACCUCUCGGACUGCGAGCGGGCAGGCUUCGUCCGGCUGCAGCUCUUGGAUGCCAACAGCUCCGUGGUGGCGACCCCAACACCCUGGCGCCAGUUGGUCUUCCGAGAGCGGAGAUCCUGGCUGGAAUGGGCGCUGCACGGUGCCGCGGCGGCCAACUUGCCGCCUGUGCCGGCGGAGGUGCUGGACGGCAUCCCAGCAGCAAGGUUCUGCGUGGCUCCGCCGCUCCUGGCGGACGGCGCCCUGCACGGGACCUACAGACUCCCACACCUCUGGGGAGCCGCCCAAGCAAGGCCGCUGCGCUUCAGCGCGUGGCUGGUGUUCUGCACCGGGCUUGUCACCUGGACGGCGGUGGGGGCGGUGCUCGUGUGCCUCCUGGCCUCUCGGCCGCGGAUGGAGCCGCCCCAGCCCAUGCAGCCGCCCCAGGAAGAGACGCUGAGCAUCUGGUCCAAGCCAGCUAGCUUGUGGAAGCAGUCCUGCGAUGCAGCAGAGGAAGCCGCCCACUCCGUGGUGGAGGCCAUGAAGAGUCCGGAGACGCGGGUCCAGGCGGCCUCCGCCAUCUCUGGCGCAGCUGUGCUCGGAGUCGGCGGAGGCAGUGCGGGGCUGAUCACCGGCGGAUUGGCCGGGGCCACCCUGGGGCUGGCCCCGGCGCUGUUCACCUUCGGCCUCUCAGUUCCCUUGGGAGCGGUCCUCGGGGGCUCGGUGGGUGCCGCUACAGGAACCGUGGCCGGCGGCGGCGCCGGUGCCGUCCUAGGCAGCUCUCUGGCCCGCAGGUUUGCCGCGGCCGGGCUGCACUUGGCGUCUGAUGCCAAGUGA